UCCACCCUAAUUUCCGGUAUGGGGGUUUGAAAAUAAGACCUGGUGCUAGCGUGAUUAAAGAAAAGUCGCAGGGUGAGACCAUAAAAAAAAUGUAAAGUCAAAUGUUUACUAUGUGUCUUGAAGGUCAGCUCGUUCCAAAAUCUUGCCCCACUGGACACCAGCUCAUAACGCGUUACGUAGAGUUUAUUCAAACAAUUUUUAGCCACGCUAAUUAGUUCAUUUCAAGUGGCACUUCCGGAAUGAGUGGCAAGCGAGACACGCCAGUUAAAGUGGCGUUCACCUGGCAACACGCUCGGAAGAGACGUCAGAAAUGCAAAAUUUACGAAACACUUCCUGAAGAGCCUGAAGUGGAGGAGGACCCGGAUGUGAAGGAGGACCCGGAUGAGAAGAAAUUCAAAGGUGCUGGCCAAACCAGCGCCCAGUCAUCACAAUGUCAAUCAUCGAGCACCGCCUUCGCCCAAAAAAGCAAUAUACUUCAUCAAGAGCUGAGCCCGGCAGUGACACCAGGGGGCGCCAUUACAAAGACCACGGCCUCAAGUUCCAGCUCAGUUGAUGACGACGAGGAUGAUGACUGCUUCUCCUCAUACUCCAGCUCCGUUCCUUCCCCAGAGAUCUUCCGACAUGAACUCUACGCGGCCGACGCCUCUCAUUUUCCCGCCGUGGGCGACGUGGCGGAUCUCCACGUGCAGGUGAAGAACUCCACCUUGAUCAGCAGCAGCCACGCUGAGAGCAUCCUCAGCCACCAGUCCCCCAACGUCUCCACCAUCUUGGUUGCUGCAGAAAAGCCCUUGAAGACGAUGAAGUCCCCUAAACUGCUACCUCUGAUCAGCUGCUGUCUUCUCAGCUGUCCACCAGGAAGCGACUUCUGUGCAAGAAGGUUCGCUUUAAAAGCCCCCUGGUGGCGGAGAUGCAUGCAGACAGUGGCGUGUCCGCACCAGCCAGGUUCUUCGACUUCAUCAACGAGUCCCAGGCGCAGGACUUCUUGAGGGGAUCCCAGGAGCGAUGUGAUCAACUCUCAAGGAUUGCUUCGUUUCCUCUCACGGUUGCACCCAACCGGAAUUUGGCCAGCGACAUCUUCAGUCCUGUCAAACUAAGUUAGUGAAAAAUAUCCCUUCUGAACUACAAUGUAUUCUCUAUAACCAGCAUGUUCUGCUAUUUUUGAGAACCUAUUGCAAAAAUACCAGUCAAAAAUCCUUUAUAACCAGAGUGAUCUGUUGUUUUUGAUAACUUGUUAAAAAUUCCAAGUCAAAAAUCCUCCUUAACCAGAGUGCUCUGCUGUUUUUGAGAACCUGUUGCGAAAAUACCAGUCGAAAAUCCUUUAUAACUAGAGUGAUCUGUUGUUUUUGAUAACCUGUUGCAAAAAUGCCAGUCAAAAAUCCUCCAUAACUAGACUGCUCUGCUGUUUUUGAGAACCUGUUACAAAAUACGCGAGUCAAAAAUCCUCUUUAACCAGAGUGCUCUGCUGUUUUUGAGAAGUUGUUGCAAGUAUGCUAGUCAAAUAUCCUUUACAACAAAGUGCUCCUCUUUUUUAGAGAAGUGGUUGUCAGUCAAAAAAAAUCCUCUAACUGGAUUGUACUGUUGUUUUUUAAAAAGGUUUGCAAAAUGCUGCUCAAAUAUCCUCUAACAAGAGUGCUCUGCUGUUUUUGAGAACCAAUUGUAAAAAUGCUAGUACAAAAUCCUCGAUAACAGAAGUGUUAUGCUGUUUUUGAGGAUCCUCCACAAAAUACUAGUCAAUUAUCCUCAUCUACAUAUAUGACAGCAGCACUGUGCUGUUUUUGAGAGAUAAUACAAAGACACAAGCCAAAGAUCCUCUUUUUGAAACAAACACUCUGCUGUUUUUGAGACCCUAUCGAAUAACUGCUAGUCAAAAAUCCUUUAAAACCGUAUUGCUCUGCUGUUUUUGAGAAGCCGUUGCAAAAUACGCCAGUCAAAAAUCUUCUAUAACCAGAGUGGUCUGCUGUUUUUGAGAACCAAUUGUAAAAAUGCUAGAGCAAAAUCCUCUAUAACCGAAGUGUUGUGCUGUUUUUGAGGAUCCACCACAAAAUACUAGUCAAUGAUCCUCAUCUACAUAUAUGACAGCAGCACUGUGCUGUUUUUGAGAGAUAGUACAAAGACACAAGCCAAAGAUCCUCUUUUUGACACAAACACUCUGCUGUUUUUGAGACCAUAUCGAAAAACUCCUGGUCAAAAAUCCUCUAUAAACAGAGUACUCUCCUGUUUUUGAGAAGCUUUUGCAAAUAUGCUAGUCAAAAAUCCUUUAAAACCGGAUUGCUCUGCUGUUUUUGAGAAGCUGUUGCAAAAUACGCUAGUCAAAAAUCCUCUAUAACCAGAGUGCUCUGCUGUUUUUGAGAACUAAAUGUAAAAAUGCUAGUACAAAAUCCUAUAUAACAGAAGUGUUGUGGGUUUUUUUUGAGGAUCCGCCACAAAAAUACGAGUCAGUGAUCUUCAUCUACAUAUAUGACAGCAACACUCUGCUGUUUUUGAGAAAUAGUACAAAGACACAAGCCAAAGAUCCUCUUUUUUGACACAAACACUCGGCUGUUUUUGAGACCCUAUCGAAAAACUGCUAGUCAAAAAUACUUUAAAACCGGAUUACUCUGCAGUUUUUGAGAAGCUGUUGCAAAAUACGCUAGUCAAAAAUCCUCUAUAACCAGAGUGCUCUGCUGUUUUUGAGAACCAAUUUUAAAAAUGCUAGUACAAAAUCCUCUAUAACAGAAGUGUUGUGCUGUUUUUGAGGAUCCACCACAAAAAUACGAGUCAAUGAUCUUCAUCUACAUAUAUGAAAGCAGCACUCUGCUGUUUUUGAGAAAUAGUACAAAGACACAAGCCAAAGAUCCUCUUUUUUGACACAAACAAUCUGUUGUUUUUGAGACCCUUUCGAAAAACUCCUGGUCAAAAAUCCUCUAUAAACAGAUUGCUCUCCUGUUUUUGAGAAGCUUUUGCAAAUAUGCUAGUCAAAAAUCCUUUAAAACCGGAUUGCUCUGCUGUUUUUGAGAAGCUGUUGCAAAAUAUGCCAGUCAAAAAUCCUCUAUAACCAGAGUGCUCUGCUGUUUUUGAGAACUAAAUGUAAAAAUGCUAGUACAAAAUCCUAUAUAACAGAAGUGUUGUGCUUUUUUGAGGAUCCGCCACUUCAUCUACAUAUAUGACAGCAGCACUCUGCUGUUUUUGAGAAAGAGUACAAAGACAUAAGCCAAAGAUCCUCUUUUUUGACACAAACACUCUGCUGUUUUUGAGACCCUAUCAAAAAACUGCUAGUCAAAAAUACUUUAAAACCGGAUUGCUCUGCUGUUUUUGAGAAGCUGAUGCAAUAUACGCUAGUCAAAAAUCCUCUAUAACCAAAGUGCUCUGCUGUUUUUGAGAACCAAUUAUAAAAAAAAUGCUAGUACAAAAUCCUCUAUAACAGAAGUGUUGUGCUGUUUUUGAGGAUCCGCCACAACAAUACGAGUCAAUGAUCUUCAUCUACAUAUAUGACAGCAGCACUCUGCUGUUUUUGAGAAAUAGUACAAAGACACAAGCCAAAGAUCUUCUUUUUUGACACAAACACUCUGCUGUUUUUGAGAAUCUAUCGAAAAACUCCUGGUCAAAAAUCCUCUAUAAACAGAGUGCUCUCCUGUUUUUGAGAAGCUUUUGCAAAUAUGUUAGUCAAAAAUCCUUAAAAACCGGAUUGCUCUGCUGUUUUUGAGAAGCUGUUGCAAAAUACGCCAGUCAAAAAUCCUCUAUAAUUCUGCUAUUUUUGAGAAAUAGUACAAAGACACAAGCCGAAGAUCCUCUUUUUUGACACAAACACUCUGCUGUUUUUGAGACCCUAUCGAAAAACUGCUGGUCAAAAAUCCUCUAUAACAAGAGUGAUUUGCUGUUUUUGAGGACCUGCCACAAAAGUGCUGGUCAAAAUGCCUCUUCACUAUAUGACAGGAGCACUUUGAAACAGGAUGUUUGAGUGGUUCUGUAAGGAAAUUGUGACACACGGUAAUAAAUUAUUGCAAAAUAUUUAAAAAAAAAGACUAUCUAUUUUGCAUGACUUUUAACAAAAGUGUAUGCUGUUCAACCACCACUAGAUGUCGCAACUGCAAUUUCACAAUAUCUUUUCAAACUGUCAUUUCAGUUAAUAGGUACGUGACAUAUUUGUGUAUAGUUUGUUACAUUGUAUUCAGCACUGUGGCGUUUUAGUCAUUCAAUCUGUAAUUGUAUCCAACCGAGUAUCGCAUAAAUGAUUUAUUUAACGGUCUCUUGUUUGUGUAAAAUAAAAAUAAA